AUGCCUCCUCAAAAAGAUAUACUGGGUGCAAAGCGCGGUCGCGGCCGCCCAGCCAACGCAGGCGUUCCUCAAAAGUGUAUGAUCAUGGAGAAUAUCGGCGUGUAUAGGUCUCUCAAGGCUCGGUCCGCACCACAGCACGACGUUUCCAGGGCUGCUGACGCAGAAGCGAAAAGAUUGAUAGAGUGCUAUGGCUGGGAGAACCCGCUUCGCGCGGUUGUCGCGGGGGGGAUUACUGAGGGCAGUAAUCAUGUGGUAGAUGGAAAAGAGCAGAAGCGCAGAGAUGGUAUAUUCAAGAAGGUCCGCGCGGAAGUACUGAAGGUUUGGCGGGAGAAUGCGGUUCAUGAUACAAGAGUGGAAGUAGCAGGCAGGCCCUCGACCGAAAUCGCCGAAUUGCUCAAGUUAUUUGCGCACAAGCCCCGCCGGAAGCAAUUGUAUCAUAUUUGGGCGACGUCCAAGCCACGCCCCGAUCUCGAAGAGGAGGUGGAUUUGCGACACGCUGCUAGGACACGGACCAGUACUUUAGGCGGGACACCGCUCCCCCGCGUGGCGACUUGGAACGCAGUUGCCUCGGAAUGGUACAAGAACGCGAGUAAGAAGGAGCAAAAGGCGGCCCGCAAACAGAGAAAGCGAGUUUAUAGACAGGACAUGAAGCAGUGGAAAUCCAGCGCAUCUGCGAUGCCCAAGUCGCCCGAUGAGGCAAUCGAAUUCAUGAAGUCUUCACAACUGUUCCUGAGCGAUCUCAUGCAUUUCUUUGCCAAUCGCACUUCUGGUAUAGCCAUCAUGUACUUGAGCGGUCCGAGCGGCUCGAGCCUGAUCUCUGAGGGCGUGUGCAAUGUACUCGAGCAGCCGAAAUUGCUAUACACGGAAGUUGACCCGGAAGGUUGUGCGCAGUUCAAGUACGCACUAUCAAAACAAGCACAGAUCCUGAACGAGGCAAAGUGGGGCGUAGUGGCUGCUGAUGCUCACCACCAUCCCAUUGCAUGCGAUGUCUACUUAGACGGUCAGUCCAACGAGGACGAGGACGAUGAACAAGACAGCGGGGACCAGCAAAGCGCCGAAGAGACGGAUGGCAAGAGCAGCAGUGAAUCGGACUCGGACUCGGACUCGGACUCGGACUCGGACUCAGACUCAGACUCAGACUCAGACUCGGACUCGGACUCGGACUCGGACUCGGACUCGGACACCGUGCAGAGGAUCGAAUUUCUACACCAACCUUCAUUGUUGGAUGCCAAUCGAAGCCACGGCGCACGAAAUGACCCCGCUUUCGCUCAUGGUACCGACGCGUCAACAAACACUAGAACUGACAAAGACGACUCGGAUUAUGGAAUGCAUCUCAUUUCAAUGAACGAUCCGAUCGCUGACGAGCGUCAACCGACGCAGGGGGGCUCGACGUCUGGCCUAUUUGCAUUCGACGUCGAAGGGUUGUACAACAAGUCGGGCAUGGGCACGGCCAAGUAUGCACGGGCGUUCCAGGCGGCGAUUACGAAGAUUCUGCCGGAUAAGGCGUGGCUGGAAGAAUCCAACACUGUGAGUUUUCUCAGGGCAGUACCAGCAAAACUGGCGGGUCUGGUCGACGUCGACGUAGCCUGUGAUUUGAGUUUGGCGUAUCUGAACUUUGAGGCUUGCGGUUUGGAUGAAAGGAGUGUGAACUUGCGGGCGAUAAAGAUGUCGGAGCAAUGCGCUGCCAGUCUUCAACCGGGUUACAUGGCAGACCUUGGGCUGCGGGACUUUGCUUCACGUUGGCACCGCAGAGCGGAAAGGGCAGACAUCAGGACUCCGGCGAAACUGGACGCAGAUGUCGACAUCACGUUACCCCAGCAAUGGGCCCUGCUGCAACCAGCUGAACGUCGGGAUGAGCGCGGGCGCUUAUGUCGAGCUGCAGACGAACGCAUGAAGUGGAAGAAAGCGCUGGCGCCUGGCUUGGACGGUGUUCGUCUACUUGUCGUGACGACAUUGAUAUGGGCCUGGAACAUCAAGGGUGACGAAGAGCGCACCCAGUGGUCAUAUCUGGCGACCGACAUCCUGCAAGUUCUGCGUAUCCUGAUUAGGCAGGUGGGAGAUUUAGAGGGUGGAGAACCAACGCCGGAACCGAGUGACCACGUUGGGCGGAAGAAGUCGGUGCGCAAAGCGUGA